ACUCAUUCCAAACAUGGCGCACCAAAAAAGUGUGCCAUUCCCGCGUUUACUGCCAAUUCUGCUGAUCCUAAUGGCGUCUGUCACCGGCAGCAUCGUGGUGGCAGAAGCUCGUAGUCUCUUAAACCUCAACCCUCGGAACCCACCCCCUCCUCCGCCACCUCCGCCACCCCCGCCUCCCCCAGUAGUGAUUCUUCCGCCGCUGCCAUCAGUACUGCCUCCGGUGAACAUCCCGCCGCUGCCAUCAGUACUGCCUCCGGUGAACAUCCCGCCGCUGCCAUCAGUGACUCCGGUGAGCAUUCCGCCGCUGCCAUCACUGCCUCCGGUGAACAUCCCGCCGCUGCCAUCAGUGCCUCCGCGGCUACCAUAAACGAUGGAGGACCGUACCGCAUUUGAGCUAAGCUCCAUGGCUUGCCGGCCGCCCUAUAUCGUCUCAAAUACUCACUAUAUAUUAUCAUCUUCUCCGAUCCCUUUGCUUUAUAUAAGUAUCCCUCUCUACUACAUAUAAUAUUUUCCUUAUUUUACUUUCUAUGCCCCUCUGUAGUCCGUACCGUACGCACGUAAUAAUAUUGGAAUAAACGGCGAGCCACUUAUAUAUAUA